ACUUCACGCCGCGCCGCCACAGUCUCGCGAUCGUACGACCGCGUCGCGCGCAGAAACGGAGUCUUCGCUAUCCAAGAGCGCGAGCGACGCCGAUAUAACAACAAAGGCGACGGUUUUCUCAUCGAUCGACGCGAUACCCGCAGUUAUUGCAUUUCCGAGUCUGUCAUCCUCUCCGAAGGCUAUCUUCGUCAUUAUCUGUCAAAGUAGCUUAAACGAUCCUCGUCAAAGGAUUAAUAACGAGCGGGAUUCGAGCCCUGAGAAAGAAACAGAGAGAACGGAAAGCGCACGUUGGGGAAUUUAUUCUCGGAAAGGCUCGUUUUCGCAGCGAGGCGCACGCCGAUCGUAGCCGUAGACGAGAGAGAAGAAUCCGCGAUCAUCACCGGUGGAUCAUCAUAAUCGAGUGGACAAACCGCUGACAAACAAUAGGGACCUGGCCGGUGACUUCCGAUGGGGUCGUAGCCGGCGUACGCAGCGCGCGCGUAUUCGUAACAGCAUAUGAUCGCAAUGAUAGGCUAGCCGGUAGCGGCAGGAAGAGAUCGUCGUAGGGGGAGAUCGCCAUAGCUAAUCGUACCACCCAAGGUGGCACAGAUUGAGAGUCCCAUCAGCAUACAUCCUCUCCUGGCUAACGAGAUACCCAGCAUCUAUCCAGUUCGUGCGCGCCGUUACGCCGCUCGUCGCGUCGACGACGUGCGUCAGCUUCCGAUCGGCCGGACCGACUCGUCGACGAGCCCUGCGUCCGUAAAAUUACGAAGAAUUACCUUUGUCAUACGAGCGAAAAGGGACCGAAAGGGAGAGAGAGAGAGAGAGAGAGAGAGAGAGAGAGAGAAGAAUCGGUCAGAAUUAACGUUGAUCAACGAGCAUCUAAUUUGGAGCAUCUAAUUCUUCAUCCCCGUCAUCCGCGCGCGCGUCCUCGACCUCCUUUUCCCUUCGUCUUCCAUCCGCGUCUCAUCCCUCUCGACUUAAGCGAACGUCGCGAGCGUUAUCGACGACGUCCCGACGUGCCGUCUCGCUCGCGAAGAAACGUCGACGUGGGAGGAAUCGCGAGGGAAGGAGAGAGACAGAGGCGUGCAGAUUCGCUCUUAGUACCCCUCGACGAUUCAGCACCGGCGAUUCUCUUCCCCAUCGGGACAUCCGCCGCUUCCGGCUAACUGGAAGUGAACGCUCUAUGUAAACGAUUGCCGAGCACGGUUCUCAUUGGAACACACAGGACGCAGGAAGCGCAUCAUGGAAGUGGCAAGCGAGCUGUCGCCGCUGUCGGGGGCGGAGAAUCAGGGCAAGAUCAAGGAGAGGAGCUCGUAUUAUCCCCAGGAGCCCGGCAAGAGGCCGCAGACCGCGGGGCAGAGGGUGCGAUCGUGCCUGAGCCAUAACGCGCUAACCAUCCUGACAGUUUGCGGCGUGAUCGGCGGCGUGAUACUCGGCAUAAUUCUGCGAAAUUCACGUGAGAGAUGGACGCCCCGCGAGAUCAUGUACAUCAAUUACGUCGGCGACCUGUUCCUGCGGAUGCUCAAGAGCUUGAUUCUGCCGCUGAUUAUCUCGAGUCUGAUAUCGGCCAUCGGCUCGCUCGAUCUGUCGCUCAGCGGCAGGAUCGGGGCGCGUGCGAUCGGUUAUUACAUGGCCACGACCAUCUGCGCGGUUAUACUAGGUAUAAUUCUCGUCGUCUCGAUCCAACCUGGUCAUGGAAGCGCCGCCUCGGAGACCAAAAAACCGGCACAAAAUGUUUCCACCGUCGAUACACUGAUGGACUUAGUCAGAAAUAUGUUUCCACCGAAUCUCGUGCAGGCUUGCAUCGCUCAACAUCGAACCGAGCCCAAGCUACCGGACAAUGCCAGCUCUGACCUUCCCUUGGAGGAAUGGGAACUGGAAGAGAAAAUAGUCCCGGGUUCCAAUAUCCUGGGGCUUGUUGUAUUCGCGACAGUCAUGGGUAUCACUCUUGGUAAAAUGGGACCACAGGCCAAGCCGUUGUUGAGUUUCUUCGACUCACUAUCCGGCGCUAUGAUGUUGAUCACCAACUGGGUCAUAUGGUUGUCGCCGAUCGGCGUGCUCUCCCUGGUCGCCUCUAAGAUUACGGAGAUGAAGUCGCUCGAAGAGGUAGUUAGCCAGCUUGGGAUGUACUUCCUGACCGUGUUGAUCGCUCUACUCAUACAUGGGUUCCUGGUGCUACCCGGGAUGUACUUCCUUCUCACGAAGAAGAAUCCUUAUAUCUACAUAUCGAACAUGGCAGAGGCGCUCGUCACUGCCUUCGGCACGUCCUCGAGCUCGGCGACAUUGCCGCUGGCUAUCAGUUGUCUCGAGAAUAAAAACGGCAUUGAUCCACGUGUCACUAGAUUCGUCAUGCCAAUAGGCGCAACCGUAAAUAUGGACGGUACCGCUCUGUACGAAGCUGUUGCUGCCAUUUUCAUCUCGCAAGUGCGUAAGAUUUCCCUUUCCUUCGGACAGCUGAUAGCGAUAAGUAUCACGGCGACCGCUGCCAGUAUCGGCGCAGCUGGAAUUCCGCAGGCCGGCCUAGUGACCAUGGUGAUGGUGUUGGACACGGUGAGACUUCCGGCCAAUGAUGUCUUCUUAAUCAUCGCAGUCGACUGGUUACUAGAUCGAUGUAGAACGACCAUAAACGUCAUUGGUGAUUCGCUCGGCGCGGGAAUCGUUCAGUAUCUCAGUAGAAAUGAACUCGCGGCAUUGCCGCACAGCACACAGCAGACGCAGAACGGAGCCGAUUGUCACGCAACUACGUCGAUAUAAGCCAUAUUCGCCGAUCGCUAAAUCGCGUCUCUUCAACUGACGAUUACAUAAUCGCUUCGCGAUCGGAGAAUCAAUUACCCACGGCGAACAUAUCGGCACUUAUCGUUGCGCGGCUUAUCGUUGAAAUGUUGCCAUAACUUCUUGAACUCCCAAGAGUCCGAGAAUUUAAGAAUAUAAUACGAUUAAAUAAAUUAAAUUUAAGGAUUAGGAUUAAGAGAAAGAGGAAUAAAUUUAUGGACGACAACAUGAUAUUAUUUGUUACAGUUGUGUCAUGUCUGAGAUUUUUAAUUUUCACAGUUUUAUAAGUUAUCCUAGAAUUACGAAAAAAUAUACAGCACCGUUGAUCGAGUGUCUAUAAUUUCAAUCGUACAGUAUGGCAACAGUCAAUGAUCGCGAUUUGCGAUGUUGACAAAGUGUUCUUGCGUACUCAGUAAGUGUUCCGUUUUUAUCUUAGUCAAAUAAUUGGUUUAGUAUUAGUUAUCUUCCACGCGAAUCAGACUACGAACGAAGGGAACAAACAACUGUAUCACUAUUGUAAUGCCAUAUUUGCGACAAACAUACGCGAUUGUGAAUGCACAAAUCUCUUCUUCCACUUAUUCGUACAAGUACUAUAAAAAGAAGAAAGAUUAUCUUGGUAACCACUUAAUUGACAUCCGCGAUACAAAAUAUAAAUAGACAUAAUGGUAAGACAGUGAAAUGUCAGUUAUCAAUGCGUAGCUCGCGGUGCGAGCGAUGAGCGUUCUUCAGACGACUUUGGAAUAUAAGAUAUGCUUGAAACUAAUGCUACGAUUCUAGAUAGAGAAUCGUAAAACUCGUAACUUGUUCUCAUAAAAUUUAUAAGAAUUUUGUAAAUUUCAUAGAGACUACAAUUCUAUAUUGAUAAAUAUCUACAAUUUUGUGUAAAUCUUAUUGCUAACUAUAAAAGCUAUUUAUAAAGUUCAUAAGUUUGGAGUUCCAAUCCCAAGUUCUUACGAAUUUUACGAUUCUGUUUAGAAUUUCAACAUAAAUUACAUAAGUCUAAUAAUCAUAGGCUCCUAAGUGAUUUUGCUUAUAAAUAUUUAAGCGUAUAAUGUACACACACACACACACACACACACACACACACACACACACACACACACACACACACACACACACACACAUACACACACACAUUUGUCUUCCAUUUUCGCGUUUAACAAGAAUUACGCUUACGCGGUACUGCAAAAUGUACGUGCACGUUACAUUAUAUUUGAAUCCGCAGUCCGAUUUUUCUUUGCGUGUUAUCUAUAUAUUUCUCCUUAAAGUGCAUUUAAGAUUGCGGAGCCUGGAAAAAAUUCACGAGAAGCAAAAUAUAUUUGACGAUCUGCGAAAUUGAUUUCAUUAUUAUCUAUAUAACAUGACGAAGAUAUCUCAAAGUUUUCAUUAUUAUUUUUUUAUACAAUAGAAGCGGUAAUUAUGUACGCGAUAAUUCUGCUCGCGCAUAUUAUUCCCUGACAAUAUAUAUAUAGGAAAUACCGUCGCGCAGUUUGUGCCAUAGAUUAUUAUCAUCGUAUCUCGAAGGAGUAGCUUUUACACUUAUUCGACCAGUGAAAAAAGCAGACUUAAAUAAGUUCGAUGCCAGCAACAACAAUCAACUGGGACUUAACCCUUAAGUAUGAAGCAAUAUUGAUCAUUUUAUAUCUCCACAAGUUUUCGAUAGAGGAAACAGAUAUGAAAGUUCUUGCAUUUAAUAUUUCUUUCUUUUUCACGCGAAAGAAAAGUUCGGCAAGUAACACUAGAAGAAAAACAUAAAAUAUAGUAUUCAAGAAACUGUGUGUUCAAUUACUAUCAAGUAACAAAAAGUACUCCAUAAAAGUAAUCCGUACUUAAGGGUUGAAACACCUUUUCUUUUUACAACUCUGUCCUUGUCUUUUGGCACAAUAAAAAACGAUACCAUUGCUAUAUCAUUGUGUCUUCGCGUGAUAUGUAAAAGAAUUAUUAUAUGGAAAAAAAUAACAAAAUGAUUAAUAAACAAAUCACUUGAUUUUGUCACACGAUUCCUU